AGACUUGUUCAGAAAUGGCUGAUCCGAUUGAACUACAAAAUCUUCUCGCCGAUGAAAGGGAAAGAAUAGAGGAACACAAGAAAAAUUAUCAAAUACUAAAAUCCCAACAUCAAAGGUUACAAGAUGAGUUUAAUGUUGUUCAAACUGAUUUCAAAUCUUCAUUGGAAGAAAGUCAGAUGAUGAAGGAGAAAUAUACACAGUUAAUUGAACAGCUAAGAAGAGAUUUGAUGCAGAGAGGAGCUGAAUUAGAGGAAGCAAAGUCUCAGAUAAUUUCUAAGCAAAAAUUAGAAAUACUUAAAUUAGAAUUCGCUGAUGAUUAUGAUUCACCAUAUAAACGAAAAUUAAUAGCUGCAGAAGAGGAGUUAGAAUUUGUAAGAUCGGAUUUAACUAAAUUGAAAUACGAUUAUUCUUUCCUUAAAAGUGAAUAUGAACAUCAGACUGUAGAACGUGAAAGAAUACUUGCCGAGCAAAAUUUUCGCCAUGACACCGAGGUAAAAGCGUUAAGAAAGGAAAAAGAAGUUUUGGUUAACAGGCAAAAUAAAGCUUCUAAGAUCGACGCCGAGAAAAGUAUGCAAUUGCAAAGGGAAAAUACUCAAUUGAACGCCAAGCUAAAAAAUUUAAUUAGCGAGAUAGAAGAAUUAAGAGCUCAAAAGGAGCACGUUGGCCUCCAGAAUGAUCAAGUUUGUCGUUUACAACAGAAGCAACUGAAUGAGCAUAACGUAAACUGCAAAGCCUUAGAGGCUGAAAAGCAAACUUUGAAAGGGCAUGUUGAGAGCCUGCAGAAAGAAAUAAGGGAAAGUUUAGAUAAUCAGAAUAUAUUAAGUUCAAGAGUUCAUGAAUUGGAAAGGGAAAACGUUACUUAUAAAGGCAAAGCAACGGAAGCUGAACAUUUGUGCAAAGUUGAAAUUACAAAUAUUAAAAUGCAAAUGUUACGAGAAAGGGGAAAUCUAGAAAGAGAAAGAGAUAGAUUACUGAAUGAAAUUGAAGAACUAAAAACACAAUUGGAAAUUAGUCAACACGAAGCUGAUUCUAAGACUCAGCUGAUUGUUGACAAGGAAAGAGAGAUAGUGAAGAGAGUUCAGGCUGCUAGAGAAGAGGAAUGGAAAAAAUUGAAUGAGAUUGAUAAUGAAAGGCUGCAAUACGAAACGAAACUCCAAGAAAUGGAAAGAAGGCGUAUUGAUGAGGAUAAUCAUACUGCAAAUGAAAAACAAAAGCUAGAAGAACGUCUACGUCAGAGUGAAAUAGAAAAGGAUGACUUAGAAAGAGCUGUUGUCAAUUUGAAGUCAAAAAUUUCUCAAAUCGAAAGUGUAACUCAUCAAGUGGAACAAGAAAGAAAAGAAAAUUCCGAUUUGAAAAACCAGCUAAACAGGCUGGAAACGGAGUUUGGCUCAUAUAUUAGUAGCGAACAACAGCUUAUGCAGGAUAACGAUGAAUUACAAAUAAAUAUUAAGCGCUUAGAAAAAGAAAUACUAAAGAUAAAGGAGAAUGCAAAACAAGAUUUCGAAAAUUUGGAAAAAAAAUGUGAUCAAGAGAGAAUAGUAUGGGCUGAAGAUCGAUCGAAUUUACUACAUAGAUUAUCUCAGACGGAAAAUCAAUUAUCCACAUCUAGCACAGAAUUAAGAAGGAUGAACGAUUUGCAAGCCAAGAAAAAACAUCAAUAUUCAGCUCUGGUCAGUAAGAUGAAAAACAAAUUAAAACUUUAUCAAGUUAAAAAAGAGGAACUAGAAAUUGAAAGAGAUGCCCUAAAAAAGUGUAUACCUUCUGAACAACAUAACCGUAUCAAGAAGCAAUUAAACGACUUGCUAAGAAGGCAUAGAGAUUUUAGGCAUUUACUUUUAACAGGAAAUCCCAGCGAAACAGCAGCUGAAGAAAAGCAAGGAACAAGCUUUAAUUCUGAUUCUGCACUACUAGUUGGGAGCGAUAGGCUUAACUCUACCUUUUUAGAUUAUGAGAAAGAUUUGAUGGACAUAAAGACGAGAGUGGACGAAUUAGAAGAAGCUCAAAUGAAGCAAACGAUAGCGUUGAAGCAAAAUCUAGUUAGAUCUAUUAGCCCGGUUUUGUCCAGUACCGAUGUGGAAGAUGACAAGGAUAAUGGAACAGAAAAAGAUAAUGUUAACUCAGAAGAACUUUCAUCACCUGCUUAA